CCGAGUAAAGCCGAUGAUUGCCGAUCGCGUCGAGGGCGUGUGGGCAGACUUACUAUUAUAUCGUCUGCUUCUUUGAGAAGAUCUCUGUCCGGCGCUGUGAACGAUAUGUGCCUCUCGAAAUAUUUAUAAUAACAACGAUACUUACAAAAUAUUUCAAACCAUUCGAUGAUCUGUGCGAGGAAAUGACUGUUUGGUGAUUUCUCCGAAUCAAGUACCCGAGGUGAAGGUCACAACUGAACAAGUGAGAAGUGAGAAUUUUUUUUGUGUCAAAUCGAACGCAGAUUUCACGCCAGAUCUGGGUACGUAGCCGGUCUGUGCUGUCGAUUCGUUUGCAAGUGAGCCUUCCCCGAGAGAUCCUAGUAAAGAGGUGGAACACAGUGUCCAGGUUGGCUGUGCUUACCAAGCUGAGCAGGUCGCACCACGCAAAGCCUGUUUAUGACGAGCUGCUGGCGCGGUGCAGUUUUGAAGACAAAGGACGAAUGGCAAUCGCUAACCACAGCAUUUAACCAGCGCUCCCGCGCCCUUCAAAGAAGGUCGCUUGAACAUUAGACCUGUCGUAAGCUGAGUGAAGGACGUCUUACCGAGAGACAGAAGGGAAAGGAAAGUACGCUUGUUACGUCAAUGCCUGUCGCCAUGCCGUCCCUGCCUGGAUUUCAGGUGUUCCGCGACGAGAUGUCGUUGUUCAAAGUUAUUGGAAUGGCUCUCCUCUUCUAUUACUGCGUAAUGGAUGUCAUUCUCUAUAUCACCUUUAUGAACACUAACCUGGUGGAGUCCUCAAAGGGCGCGUCAGAUGAUGAGCUGUACUCACCAUUCACUCACUUGUCCGUAAAGCAGCUGAUGAACGAUCACACCAGUCAGUACAUCGUGUCACCGGCGAUCGAGUACUUUGACAUCUUCACUCAGUUCAGUGGUAUCUUCUACUUCAUCACCCCAAACAUGAUCUCCUUCACGCACCUGGCUAUCGCCUUUCUGGCCGGCAGGUUUGUGGCCUCCGAGUCGCUGCACAGCCGCCGCAUCGGGGUCAUCCUCUUCGAGAUCCGAACCUGUAUGGACACGCUGGAUGGCGUCGUCUUUCGCGCUCACACGCAUACCAAAGGUAUGUAUCAGUCUGUGAGAAACUCUUCAGGGUAUUAUGUAGACAUAACAUGCGAUGCGCUUGGUGGUGUAUUCCUGUGUUUCGGCGUCCUCUUCUACCUCUUCAAGCGCUUCGAUCCUGCCAAACAGGUCGAUCUGUCGUGGAAAAGUGUCGAGGCUGGCACCUCAGGAGCCGGAAAGAGUGGAACCAACGGUCUGCUGCACAGCGGGGCGCAAGUGACGUACAGCAAAAAGAUGCUCUUCUGGAAGUGCUGGUGCUACGGCAUCACCAUCGCCAUGGGCGGCAAAUUCUGGGACUCUAUCGUUAGCGACUUCAAAGAUGUCUUCCAGAUACCCAUCGCCGAUCCUGCUCUGUCGGCACUGCAGUAUGAGACAUGUCAUUCAGGCACUACUGUCUUCCUUUGGUACUUGUGGCGACUAGUGGAAGGUCAAGCUUUACUGCAGUACCUGCUGGUUGCUAUCUUCAUUGACAAAGUUUGGGAAUUUAUCAACUUUGUGCAGUACAUCUUAUUUGUAGCAGUCUUAUUACUGUACCUCGUCAGCCUGCUGUAUGUACACCAUGUUCGAACCAUGUUACACCUGUAGUGGUGCCUUUAGUUACACCCUACAUAAUUUGUAAUGGAGUCUUGCAGUGACAAAUGACAUGAUGCACUUGGAUAUCAUCCUGGACUAUACAUAUACUGUACUACAAGUAUGGUGAAUUAUUAUAAUUCUCAUGCUUGUUAAAGAAUAGCACUUCAUACACAGCAAAAAUAAAGAUGGUUCACAUAAAAAGUGCAUCUCUUUGCUUCAGAACAUCAGUGCUAAUUGCUGCAUCGAGCUGCCCUAUGACAAGACUGCAUAACUGAAUUUAAACUGCUUUCUGAAAUACAGAUGAGAAUGUGUGAGGGAGCGAUCAUUGCUGUUUUUCUGAUAGACACAUUUUGUAAUGUAAUUAAAUAAUAUCUCUUUUGGUUUUUGGUUGUGUUUAAAAUAAGAUAUACAAUAAGGACAAAACAUGGUGGAAACUGUUUUCUUUUGUGCAAGCCAUUUUUUUUAAAUGAAAAUGAAUACAUUGGGGUUGAAUGCAUUAUGUGCAUUAUUAUAUGCUUUUAUGCUGAGAAGAAUGCCUUUAAUAUAUUUUCUUUUGAUGCUCAACAAAAAGCCUUCAAUCAAACAUUUGAAUACAGGUUUUGAUGGUGCUAGCAUUAACACUUUUAUGGCAUUGUUAAAACCAUUUAGAUAUUAUUUCAGCCUUCAAUCUCCUUUUGUAUGCUUUUAUUAAUGAUUGUCUAGGAGCUUGUGUUCCUUUUCUCCUUUCUUUAAUCCUAGUUCGUGUCAUUUUCAUUCUGCACAUUUACAAAAAUGGGUUCUAUAUUGUGAUCUUCUGCAUCUUUGGCACUAUAAUCAUUAGAAAACUGUAUAACAUUGUUGUAUUUUUUUUUUUAAAAGAUGAUUCAUUUCAGGACAGCGCAUUACUGGCUCUAGGUUUUAGCAGGAAGCCUUGGCUUUCCUAUUCUUCUAUUGUUAUCAUGUGAUUAUACUUCCUCUGAUCAAAGAUAACUUUUGCAUCUUUAGGUUUGAUACAAGCAAAUUAUACAAUCUUGAUUCCUUAAAUGAUAGUGUUUUAAACUGAUUGUAAGGACAGGACAUGCAUUAAUCCAUCACCUUGCGAAGGGUAUUCUGUUAACAUUUUGCAGCAGUCUAUGCAUUUUGUAUGUGACUGUUCUGUUGUAAGAAUAGUUCUGUCUUCUCACAUAAUUGGGUUUAUGAUGAGUUAAUUAGGUAAAAUGUCUCUAAAUAAGGUGAUCCAGAAAUAUAUUUUUUGGCAAGAUGUACAGGGAGUUGGGUACCAGGAGAGGGGUGGGGAAAAGGGACAAGUUCUUAAUAAAGUAGCAGUUGGGUUGCCGUGACAUGUUACAUCCAAUGACAGAAGACUAUAAUCAAGCAUUUUGCUGCUAGAAAAGUGUUUUUCUCUAGUCUAAUACUGUGUUGUACUGUGUUUAUAUAGUAAAAUGCUUCAGCAUGUACUUGUUCAUUUUUUCUGAAUAUCUAGGAAAAUAAAUCCUAGUCAUCAGAUACAAUGAACUUAGUAAGGUUUUUGAUCAUCAUUUAUAACAUGCUUAUUGUUUCAGUUCUUCAAAGCAAAACCAGUAAUAAGACUACAUUUCUUUCCACAUUUGUAUUUUUUUGUGUUAAUCAUUAUCUUAUAAUACAACUAUUAAAUAAGGGUUGUUUUUAGUUUUAAAAAAAGACAACCCCUUCCCCAAUGUUAAUCCCAAAAGACAAACUUGCGUGUAUAACCAUCAGUUUCAUUUCAAAUCUUGAGUCACAGGUGUCAACCACACAGGCUCCUUAUGCUAAUUCCAUUUUCUGAUGUGUUAGCUGGAAAGUGUUACUGAAGUUUUCAGACUCUUAGCUAAAGCUCAAUGGUUUGAGAGCAAUCCGGAUGGCGCAAUGGUUAGUGCCUGUCACCAGUACAGUGAGGGUGGACCGUCCUGGACUCAGCUCUUGUCUUAGGCGUGCUGUACUUUCUCUGUCUGUGGCAUCUGGCUGCCUUGCCAUGAUAAAGCCUUAGUUGCUGGCUCCACGUAAAACAACAAUUUCCCACCCCUCAGUGAUGUGAGGUUUAAUUAAAGGAAGUUUAUUACAUCUUUUGCAUAUUUUUACUUGUCAUUUUUAUUCACUGUCUUGCUUAUCUAAUGAAAACAGCAGUAUACAUUUUCUUCCUCCUUGAUUCUUUUGUAAAGAUAUUUUUUUUUGCUAGAAAUUUUGUUUCCUAUAUGUUUUAUAAACUUGAUGCAUAUUUGGAUGGAUGUGCAUAUUUUCACCGCUAUGCAUAUGCACAUGAGUUCAACAUGUGACAGAGACAGGGAUGUGAGAAAAGAUUUGAAAUACUUUUGUGUUCUCAUUUGCUUUGAUUGCUUGCAUUUUACAGAUGUAUCCGUGCUUGUGUGCAAUUACAUCCAUCCACAGGGCCAGUAAUGAGAAUCACAUCAACCAUUGUAGACCUCUGGUGAGGACCCUCAUUUUGUAUGCAAGUUGUUGUGGAGAUGUUGGUGUAGAAGAGAUGUAAAUAUAGCCUGUUUCCUGCACUUUUUGGCAGUCUGGGAAAAGGGGAUCCAGUGGGGCCGUAGUUAAGUGCAUGUCAAUUUUUGUCUGAACGUGUCUUCUGAUUAGAGGGCUAGACGAGGUCGUGUGAUCUAGCCUCAGUUGCUGAUGCAAACAUCAUCAACCAGUCUUCAGCAUUCCAGUGAGAAAAACAAGAUGGCGACAACGGGAAGAGCCAGCAACUGUUUGUUGUCUUUUUGGAAAUGGAAGACUUUUCAGAAGCACAGUGAACCGUUGCCCAUUUGGAACCAAUAUUCGAGGCUAAGAAGCAGGACUGUUGCCCACCUGGAAACAGUAAUUGCGGCUAUGAAAGCGUCGUAUGAGUAAAUAGACGUCCAUGAACUGUCAAAAAGAAAGAAGAGAAAGUCAAAGAACCUCAAAUCUCAUUUGCGUCAUACCAGGAUUUUGCUUAUCUCCGGAUUGGGUAAGGCUGCUGGAACAGUUUAGGCUUUGUACACGGCUUCUUCCAUUAACUGAAAUGAGAAUCUCAUUGGAGCUUGAUAAUGUUGGUGAUUUAUCAGUUCUGUCAAACAUGCAGACCUGCGCUCACAAGCCUGGUGGUAUGUCCAAAAGUAAUUCAUGCUGAAUCUGCUUGUAAUGGCAAAAUCGGGAUAUCGCUGCUGACAUCAUCACAACAAGCAACAAACAGGAAACAUUUCUACAAGUUACAUCAAGAAGGUGAGGAGGUAAAACUGCUCACUACAUAGACUGUUUGCAUAUGCAGAGUGCAGUUGAUGCUACUUUUUAAAGACCAUUUUCCAGACUUCGUUCAUCGCUAGCUGCAGCGAAUUCACGCCUUUUCCUCCAGGAGGAUUUUAUGAGCGGACUUUACAGUAGAUGCCUGUGCCUCCGAAGUUUCCCCAGCACACCUCGCGGCAAGGUGCUAGGUAACUGAAGUGGAUGUAAGAAAAUUUCACAUGGCACAAAUUGGACCUCAGCUUCUGUCUUCUUUCAAUACCGAUUUCAUGAGGAAUCUGUGUGCGCGACAUGCGAGUACUCGAGCAUCUUGCUUAAAUGACUUGAGAAAUUUACCCCGAAACCUUUAAACUUAAAAUUACUGUUAUUGCCGUGAUAUAGCCCUAGUUGCUGGCACGGCAUAAAACACCAACAAACAACUAUCGAGCAUCUUGCUUCGUGCUUUAGUAAUCUUUUUCUGGUUACCUGUACCCUACAGUUCUUUGUUUUUAAGAGGAGGCAUAUUUUCAUGCAUUUAAUUCAUCACGAUUUUUGUAAUUGCAUAAUAGAUUUAUAGGUUUUCUGGUUAAUAUGUAUCGCUUUUCUGAUUGUUAAAAUCAAUAUUUAAUUAGCAUUUAAGAAUUUGCCUCAUAAGUUUUCGUAUAUAGAUUCUGGACAGUGUCGCUAAAAAUAAAUAACUACAGAUGCACGCUACCCCCCCCCCCCCAAAAAAAAUGUCAGCACUGACUAGAGAUUGAGUUGGUAGACAAGCUUACAAACUUAUGGCUUUUUUUCAUUGGACAAAUAUUUUGAUUUGGUGAGGAAGGAGGCGGGUGGUGCUGGUUUCUUUUUUUAUUAUUUACCUUUUGGUGUGUGUGUGGUUUUUUUUUGUUGUUUGGUACUUGUGAUACGGGAGCUGUGUCAUAGUCUCGAUUGUUCCUUUUGUCAUGAAUGUGUUUCAGUAACAUCACAGAAUGUGUCAUUGUUAAUGAAAUACAUUCAUGACACGUCAUCUCUAUUGUCUCCUCGAAAGGAGGUCAGAGGCAGUCGAGCUCGGGUGCCCAAUACUUGGGUAGUCUGGCCGGACAUCAUCGCUCUUCAUGCUUGUUAUGCUUAUCCUGAUAAGCUCUAUGACGGCAAAAAGAGUGCUUUUUUUCAUUUGUGAGUUAAUAGGUAUAUAGUUUAUAGUAUUCAUAGUGCGUUUGAUACUAUUUCGAAUUUUCUUGAUGUCUUUUUAAAAAUCUGCAGUUUUUAUUCUUUACUCCCACGCCCCUACUCCCCACUAAUCAUUUUGUUAUUCCUUCCCCCGCGAACGCACACACAGGCAAGCGUGUUAGCGUCUUUUGUCGUCUUAUCACUUAACGUAGCGGCAUGGAGAGAAUGUAAAAAAAUAUUUUUUUGCGAAUUGUUAUUUAGAAGCUGUUUAUUUUUUAAUCGAAGGUCGCUAAACAUCUGGCUGAUACUUUUGUUGUAAAGUGGCCUGUCCCCAGACAUGUGAUGACUGAUAUGAAAUAUUCUGACUUCCAGGAGGAUGUUCCCUCUUGAAGUGUUUAUUAUUAUUUUUAAUGUUUACAUGUCUUUCAUCGCAAUGCGUGAGAUAGCGGCGGUGGAUAUGAGUGCAUGUGUGUAUAUGCGAGAGCUAUGGGAAGAAAGCUGCAAUUUCAUAUACAUAUACAUACCAUGUAAUAGCUAUAUUUCAUUGUCGGGUGGAUCGACUUGAUUGUUAUUUGUAGCCAUAUCAUGUUUAAAGCGAUACUACUUGUUGUAUACUUGCCUCAUGCAUGUGCUCUUGAAGACUGCAGGAUUUUCUUUCUAGUGCAACCUAUUCUUUUCCCUGCUUCCAGAUAAUUCAGGUGUUCCUCUGCCCACUUUGCCUUUACCAUCUUCUUGGUUUUGUGAUGAAUGCAUGAACUGAGGGUGGUCUGGUAGUGCAACGGUUGUCACAAAGUCAGCAGUCCCUCCUAGUUUCUCUCUGGAUGUUAUAGGUUGACAUAGUUUAGAGCUUGCUAUAACUUACCCUCACUUGCUGACUUGGCGUUAAACAACAACCAAGCAACUAAGAAGCGGUAUCGUAAUCUACUGGUUGUGAACUUCACCAACCAAGCUGCAUUCCCUGUCUACUUUGAAACAUUUUGCAGAUUUUUAUACAACACGUAAAGCAUAAUUACCAGCUAGAUGUCGGAUUGCUGUAAUGUGGGAAAGAUGUUAAAAAAGAAAGACCUGGGCUUCAUGCUUUGAAAUAGCUGGGGUGUGAAAAGUGGAACCACACGCACAGUUUGUUGGCUGCACAUUGCAUCUGGGUGGUGGAAACAGGUUGCACUAAUCUUAAUUAUCUGACUUUUCAAUGACGACACUUCACUAUGUAAAAGAUAAGAAGCUACUGAAGCGAGACACAAGACCUUGUCGCCAAUAAGACUAAGCAGUUAAUUUGCAGGAUGUUGUUACGAUUUCUCUCUCUCUGCCAUUCGUUCAGUUGAUCAGAUACACAGUUUCUUCAUAGCUAACAAUUGUCAUGUUCGCUCACUCUGUCUUUGCCUGUCAUUCAUUCUUCUCUUCAUCAAAGGUAAAAAAUGGCAGGUCUUUAUCUCUAGACAAGUUUUGAUUCGUCUUUAUGGGUUUGUCUUGUGUGCCUGUCGAUGUGCGUCCUCAAAGGGGGUCGAUGAAGACGAUUUUUGUGUCCUUUCGAUCAUAUAUCACUACCUCCGUUUUGAGUCUGUUACGUAGCAGUUAAAUGCAAUUUUGUUUAAAUUCUCUUUAAGCAUAAAGGAGUAAUUACGGGGAACUAGCAUGUUUUACUCCAAUUUGAUACCAGACGUGACGCUGCAUCGAGUCUCACCAUGCCGCUGGCUUUAUUUACGUUGAAAAUGUAUGACUGAGAAAAUAUGAAUAAAUAAAACUUGUAAUGUUUAUCUUUUC